GUUUAUGGGUUGCUCUGAAUUGGAAACUUCACUAUUACCGAGACGUGCUCUGGGGCCAAAGCAGAGCUCUCCAACUCUACAAGCGCAAGCUGUGCUGGGGAGAUGUGGGGUUGUUAACCCCGACUCCUGGACUGAGAUGCCGAUGUGGCGCAGUGUCCGGCUUUGGCCACCAGCUACCGUGCAAGCUACAGCCUCGCUCUCCCCAAGCAACCAAUCGUCCACUAACUGGCCGCUCUACCGUCUGCACGUGGAAGUCGCUCUCACUCGGACAGCUCGGGCCCCCGGCCCCCCGGCCUGGCUCAGGCUCCGCGGUCGCAGCCUCCCGGCGCCGGCUCUCGCGGCGGCGGGGCGCGGGCCAACAGGUUCUCCCCUGCGCGGGUCUGCCGGGCUCCGCAGGAGCGGCCGCGCCGGGUGGGAGGGGACGGCUGCUUCCCCAUCUGCGGGGGCUGGUAACGGAGAGUGCUAUCAAAUAUACCAUGGGACUAUGAACGUGUUGCUGCCCUCUACUCGCCCUCCUCGACUGCAUUAUUCACUCCCGCCGCCACUUGAUGCACGCUUCCAAAUGACCCGGCAGCGCCGCCAGGCAGACGUCUGUGCCGGCCGCGGCCCUGGGAAGGACGUGGUUCAGACGCGAGCUCCGCACAUUCUAGGACCUAACCCGAGAGCGCGCGCGCGUGCGUUAAAGACUGGAAGCCCCAUUUCUCAAAUCCUCUGGAGCAAGCUUCUAGUAGGAGCCUCGACUUUCAGCGCUCCCCCAUCGGUCCUUUCCGUGGCCGGGGAAAACCGAGGGACACCUGGGGCUGAGGAGGAACGCACGAGCCUUCGCAGACCCGGCGAUCCUUCUCGGUCUUAUGGGCCCUGCGGGACGGGUUAGCCUUGACCUACGUCGCUCGCGUUAGUAAGCGGGGGCUCGGCCGGCGGGCCGGCGGGCGUUCCCCGGGCCCGGGAGGAGCUGCGCCCCCACCGGCCCGCCGGCCCUCGCGCGCCGCCCCGUUUCCCGCGCUCUCCGCCCCGCAUCUCGGUGCCGAUCCGUCUGGGGCCCGCUAGGCCUGCAGCGUCCAGCGCGGCCCCGCCCCGGCCCCGAGAACGAAGGUGAAGGGCCUUCCGCCGAGGGACAGGCGGUGCGGGCCGAGUGAGUCGAAGCCAGGCUCCCCGGGGCCGCCUGCAGGCCCAGGCUUUCCAGGCCGCCCUUCCCCACGGGCCUGGCGGGCCUGGCGGGCCUGGCGGGCCUCGGGGCUUCUCCGAGGCGCGCGCGGGCGGGCGGCUGGCAGGCCAAGCACCACCCCCCCCAACUCUAGGCUCAAAUGUCCAAGUGACGUUGGUAACCGCUCGUUCCUCCGCGCGAGCGCACAGCGUGGCCAGCUUGGUUUGUCCUCCAGUGCGCCGCGUGUAGAGACGCGAGCUCCGGAGAGCCCUGGGAGUGGUGGGAGGCGUGCACCCUCCCCGAGACCUGGUCCGUGGUCACCCCGGUGCUUCAGAUAUGGAAAGUUCGGGAACCGAGCUCCUGCCAACCAGGCAGCGGAGGGCAGCCCCCAGGCUGGCCAGCCCGACUUGGAAAGCCCAGGUGGCGAAGGUAGGAGCAUAGGCUCCAAAGUGGCCUGCUUUUCCGGUGGCCAGAUACUUAGCAGGACCUUCCUUCCUACCCGUGGGAAAACUUCGGAACUCUCUCAGCCUCCCUCAGUCUUUGUUUCAGGCGAAGACUGACACCAGGGACUAGAGAAAGGUGUGCUUUUAUCACUAAGAGGAAAGUUGGAGGUAGUAGCAAGGCCUAUGGCGCACAUUCAUCAAUAGCCUCUUUUACAUUUUCUUGUUAUGGGGUGCUUGGCUCAAUCAGAAGAGCCUGCGACUCUUGAUCUCCAGGUGGUGGGUUCGAGCCCCACGUUGGGUGUAGAGAUUACUAAAACAAUAAAUAAAUAAAAAAAUAAAAAUGUAUUUUCUUGUUAUGUAUAAAAUUAAGUUAUACGCGCAGUCACACGUUUUGUGUUUAUGUGUUAACAGUAUUAAUUUAAAAAUGUUAAACACUUAAAAUGUGCCACACAUUUUGUGACACUUUUUUCUGAUUUCUUACUUUACCAAUAAUUCAGAGUUUCAGUAAAUGGAAAUGUCUCUAGGCUCUCAACCUCUGAGUAACAGGGUAGUGGGACCAUGGGAUAUUUGUCCUGUGUUUCUCUGGCAUAUCUUUACCAGUACCAUACUCCUGAAGUUGCUUCUUGCAUCAUUCUGAGAUAAAUAAACUUGCGUUUUGGGUAAAAUAUUAUUAACUUCUGCUGGACUUCAAGAAUAACCCAACCUGGGGCUAUUUUCCAAAUGUACACCUUAUGCAAUACUGUAACUACCACCAGUACAUAGUUGGAUUUGAUAGGCUUAUAUUUGGACCAAAAUUCACAUAGGGCAGUGCCCUGAGCACAGUUGCAGACCCAGUGCAAAAGCUGAUAUACAUGAAAGUUUGAAGAAGUGUCCCAAAGUCUGGUGAUUACUCUUUCUCUAUUGCAGAGGCCCAAGGAGAAGCAAUGAGGCUGGGUGGCUUACUGAUACAUUCUUAGAGUAAAUAUUGUGAUAAAUUUUGGGAGAAGAGGAGCAUGCCAUUUAGGGUUUUGACUGUGGAAAGGAGUUAAUGAGCCGAGGAAAAUGAUUUUAGGCAGAAUUUCUCUUUAUACGUCCCUUCCAAUCCCUUCUCCUAUCAUUCUCCCUUCACCCUUGAAGAAAGAGCAACAUUCUGUUUGCUUCAGGGUAAAAAGAGGAAAGGAACUAACCUUUAGUGAGCAUCUAUUAUUUAUCAGAUAUUUUCUCUUAUCUAACUCUCAUAAUAAUCCUAUAAAAUUGGAACUAUUACCCCCCCCCCUUUUCUUUAACAGAGUAAGGGGAGAUCCAGCUGGGUUAAAUAUCUAUGGUUACACAGCUGGGAAACAGUAGAUCUGGGUUUCAAAUCUGUAAUUCUAAAACCCAGACUGGUCUUUACAGUCUGGUGGACUGAGUCCAAAUGGACUCAAGUAAGCAUCAUUGGUUACUGACUGUUGAGGGUAUAGGAAGAAAUUGGUUGUGAACAGUGUGUGGUCUUGUCUUUUUCUUCUUUCCUUUCUCUGGAUGACAGGCUCUCAGUUCUGGCCCUCUUAGGAUCUUUUGGCUAUGAAGAGAUUGGCUUGAGGCAGGGAUUAUAAAAGUCUAUGUCUUUUUCCUGUGUCAUACCAAAGUUGGACCUAGAGUGUAAACUGAAUUUUCUGAAUAGGUAUCUCAACCGGCAUCAGGUUUAAGAUUACCCACAGGCUGGCUUGACCAAGGUAAUGAUUUCAUGAGGACAGACUCAUACAGGUCAAACGAAGUGUAUCACUCUUAAAACCCCAGCUUCAGCAACCAAAAGGGUGGGAGGGAAAUACAGUAAUAACAGAACACAUGACUGCUAAUUAACCUUAUUAACAACUGCAAACCAGCUAACAUUUAUAUUUUUAUUUUCUCAGAAAGGCAAUUAAAUUUUUUUUUGCCUUCUAUUAACUACCUUUCCCCUCCAGAUAAUCACCUAUAUCAAAACCAUCCUUUAAAAGGUCAGUGGAAAUUAUUUUUAAGACAUUCAAAUAUAAAAAAAGUAUUGUUAUUUUAAUAGGCACUGUGGAUAGUUUAAUUUGUAUCUUGUAUUAAAUUAAACAUAUGGUGAACAGGGUAUAAUAGAUUUUCUGUAAUUUAGCUGCCAAUGUGGCAACAGCAGCCAGUUACUCUCACCAGCAGACUUGUCAGUGGUUUGUUUACUAGCUUAUUUGAAUUAAAAUAAAGCUUCGCUUCUGCUGA